AUGCCAUCAUCACAGCACGGCCGUAUCACUGCAGCACACAGCCGUCCACAUCAUCGCAGCACGGCUACAGCUUCGCAGCACGGUCCCAGCAUCUCUGCAUACAGCACGGCCGCAGUCAUCUCAACAAUCACAGCACGGCCCGCAGCAUCUCAACUAUCACAGCACGGCUCCGUAUCACAGCAGCACACAAAACACGGCACAGCAUUCGCAGCACGGCUACAGAUCUCAGGCCACGGCCACAGUGUCAUCGCAGCACGGCUACAGGCAUCUCAGCCACGGCCACAGAUUCGCCUCCACGGCUACAAUAUCGCGACAGCAUCACAGCAGUCGACAUCAGCAGUAGCAGGGCUUGGCAAAUGCUCGAGCCUGGUUAAAGAAGAAGUGGCAGCUCAUUCAUUGGACACACAGCUCCAUCGACGAACGAUCUCGCGCCUCUCUAAAUUACCCGAGUUGAGUGUGACUAUCCUCCAGAGUGGUGCGCUUUCUAAACCUUCGUCUUCCACCUUCAGGAUUGGAAGUGCUCUUCAUCCAAAUAAUUUAGCUUCUUUUCCUGUUCCUUAUCUCGAAUCUCCGCUUUCUCAGGCGCUGUUUGACCCUUACGGGUUUAGCGCUUCCCCCAUUACUAUAGUAAUAAUAAGAGAAGCUGCAAUUAAUUUAUAUCUUCCUACUUGUCAGGUCUGGUGGAGCGGAGACAGCAGCCUCUGCCAGGAGGUGACGGUCACCCAUGUGUCUUCUCACUACUACGAGUUGUCAUGGGUACGUAACAACCAGUGGCUCGGCAUCGAAAAUUUUGCAGUCACCACAGUACAAGAAGAAUCCCACCUACACAGGUUCACUAAGGAUGUCAUGUGUGAGACGGUGGUGUGUACCUUCAAGAGUUCGGAGUACACGCUAUUGGACUCCUGUACCAGUGUAAACGUCACCGUCACUGGUGGAAACUACACCGUCUCCAAGCUCUUCACUACAGCCCCAGCGAAGGUCGAGAAUGCAAUAGUGAACAUUGAGAGUGGCAACAUGACUGUGUCGUGGGACAACCCAGAUGCCCCGGUGUCGACGUGCAUGGAGGCGACGGUUGUCCAGCUGGAUUUCAACAAGAGAGUAUAUACCAGCGAAGACACUCAGGGCUUCUACUGGCGGUCCCUGUGUAUGCCAGGUAGUGGAGAAGUCCAUCUCUGGAAUCGAGGAGGGGAUGGAGAAAGCGAGCUCACCACUAAACAAGUCAUCUAUGACCUUGAAGACGCUGUGCUGAUCGUGGAUAACUUGACAGCUGCAGUUGAAUGCAACCAGAUUACAGCAACAUGGAUAAACCACGACGUGUGCACUGACGCUACCCAUUUCCGAGUACGAGCUGACCCCUCAGGAUCAUCCGACGUCGACUUCUACACGGAAGAUAUCAGCACCACCUCCCACGUUUUCACCGAUCUGAUUUUUGGCAACUAUUACACGAUCUACGUCACUCCCUUAGAUGAGAACAACGUCACUCUGCAGGUCUCACUCAGCACGUUUACACGAACGGAUUACGAGACAGCGACGAACGUAACGUUGGAGGCAGUGUGCUCGACGUUGUACGUCAGCUGGGACCCAAAUCACUGUUGCACCAAUCAAACUAAGUAUAUAAUAGAGAUGUAUGUAGACAAUCUAUACUUCUCGUGGGAAGAAUAUGACACCAGCUUCGAGUACGAUAACUUGACUGAGGACAAUUCUUACUUCAUCUAUAUAUCCACCGAGUCACACCAAUUGCCUUAUUAUUCGUUUUCUACCAUAAACAAUCCUUACUUAGUGAAAGUAGACGAGAUUGCAGGAGGCCUAAACGUCAGCUGGCACUACGACAACUACAGACACUUGAAAUUGAUCUACAACGUGUCCUGGGGCGCCAACCUCGAGAAUUGUGCUAGUUCCUCCCACACCGAGUACACCAUCAGAGGGUACAACGCCAGCGAGCAGGAGCGCAGGGUGUGCGUGGUGGCCAUUGAUACUGACUCGGGAGUCGUCAGCUGCAGGAGCUGUGAGGGUGAUCCUUAUGUUCCUACCACCAUUUUUCCACCCUUCCCAGACCCAGAUGUCAAUAAACACCUCGGCGUUAUCAUAAUUUUGAGUAUAUUGGGCAUCUUGUUCCUGGGAUGGGGAGCCAUUAGCAUCAUCUUGCGCUGCAAAAAACCCAAACCUACUGGAGACAGUCCUACCAUCGCUUUUACUAAUUUCGGUUCCACUGAUUCCCCAUCGACCCUCAGCUCAUAGAUUCAUUUACACUGGUUAACAUUCAUCUUCUGAUCAAUGAUAUUACACCGAUUUUGGGGAGAGUUUCUGGCGCUGAAUCCGAAUAUAUCAUCGUUUUGCUUGACUGGCUCUAAUUUUUGUGAAAUUUGGUAUCCCAUUGGAAAACACAAAAAAAUGUGCAUCAGGCGGGGCUAGCUUAAAAUCAAAAUUAAAUUAUUUUUAGAUCAAGCAAACAAGAGGUUUACCAUCUUCAGAUGAACACAAAUAGACAUCUUGUGCCCAUGAUAGCUAAGUUUCUUUAUGAUCAUUUUGAUAUUUUCGUAUUUAAAUUUUGUCGAGGGAGUAAUUGUAAGAGAUGCAUAUUGGCUACCAUUGUACAAUAUGACACAUUUCAAGCUUCUAAUAGAAUUGUCUAUAAACAGCCGUCGAUCUCCUGGUCGAUAUUCAAGUCAAAUUCGAAGAAGUCCAGGGAUGUUAUUGCAGUAUACAAGUUCUUUAUCUUGGCUGAAGUAAGGAAGGAGUUCGACCUCUCUUGUCCGAUAAGCUGCUAUUUUAACUUCUUGUUGCAGACAGUUCAUUUUUUUUCAGAUGAUUGCUUUGACAGACUGAGGUCACGUAUCAUAAUACUAAGUUCUUCUUGGGAGAACUGCUAUCACUUGUGUUACAUCCUAAACCCUGAGUUUCUUCAACAUCUGACAAGGGAAGGUCAGGUAGUGUUAUAAACACUGGUAUGGGAACAUCUUCACUGUGUGGCACAGGUCUUCUUGCUGACUCCAAAUCAGGAUAUUACUUGACUUUCUUGUAUCGAAUGAAACAUUUCACAUUCACAAUACAGAAAUAACAAUCGCCGUAGUGGUUUUCCGGGUCUCUACACCAUAGACACACCGAAGCUUAAUCUUUUCCUGUGCCUAUUUUUCCACUUUCGUAAGCAUUCUACACAGGUUUUGCAAACCAAAUGGGAAACCCAAGACUUGUCUUGUUCUCCAAGCGCCACUCUAAAAUAAGCAAGACAAGUUUGUUUUAUAAGAUCUCUGAUGUUUUUUCUGUGAUGAUUGUUCUUUGUGAAGAACUCAUGUUUUUUUUUGGAAAAAUGGCAAAAUAAAAGUUACAGUAUUGU